AUGGAAAACAAGACUCCGCCCAACCCACUAUCCCCCCUCGCCGAGGACAGCAGUCACACAUUUGUCGCAGAUAACAACAGCGCCAUCCCUCUGCCGCCCGCUCCACCGCCGGGUUUGCUCUCACGCCUGAUUCGCUCUGCUCGAAGAGCACCUCCUUUGAACAUGAACCCGACAGCAAACACCUUCGUCCCCCACGCCAGGUUGCCUCCUAAGAGAAAGGCAACUUCAUCGGCGCGAUCACGCAAGUCGGUACAUUCGUCAGCACCGCGCGGUGACAGCUCACACUAUCUAUCAAUGGACACACCCAUCAUUCGCUCCGAGGAUCUGUUUGGUAAGGACAACCUGACCCAACGCAGCGAUAGUUUCGAUGGCCUUGUCGACGGUGAAGCAUCAUUGGAGACGUUCCAGAUGGACCUCCAGGAAUUCGCACAGCGACCCAAUGGGACCUCACGCGAUGCGAUGCGGGAAGCACUCACGCUUCUACGCACUCAAGCCAGAGAUAGAGUGAAGAAGACAAGCGAGCCGAUACAGAGUAGCUCGGCCAUUCUGUUCACGCAAGACGCCCCUGGCAGUGCACAUGGAGCUGCGAGCGAUCUUGACAGGCUUCGAUAUCUUCCGCUUCGCCCUGCAGCAGCCACUUCCGGCAGCAGAGACGACUGUCUCAACAACAAUACCAUCCUGACCGUAUUGCCGACCCACCGCCAACGUAUCGACCAAGCCACUGAUCAGCAAAUCGCCUCUCGAGCACACUGGCACGUAAACAUGCUGCCCGUGGAGCUAUUUGAACUCAUCACUACCUACUUGUCGCGGGACGACAUCAAGUCAAUGAGGCUGGUCACGAAGGAGUUCGAGGCGAAGGUCUCGGCAACACUGUUCAACACAUCCGUGGUCCCGUUCAAUACAGAGCUCUACGACAUGAUUGAUGAGGACAGGAAAGCGGUCAGACGGGGGUCAAACAACAUCCCUCGCUACCAAGGCAAGGGCAAGGGCAGGGCACGAGACUUUCCUGACCCAACGCAAGAUCUACUACCGGGUGGUCUUCACUGGCAAAAUGCGAAAGAAGAUGCAGAUGGCAAGGUGUAUAAGGGACACGGCCUGCGCGUCUUUCAGGGCUUCGGACGCCACAUCAAGAGGUUUGGCAUGAGCUUCGAAGUAGCCGAAAGCCAACUUGCUCAUCCUCCGAUCAAACGCGAACUCGAUCAUGUCCAGGCAUAUCACGGAUCAUACGACUGGCCACCAUUCCAGUACACUCGCUUUGAGAAUCUGGCCGGUCUCGAGAGAACAGCCGACGAGACGCAGCGCAUGAGGUCUGCUUUCUCGAAUCUGAAAUCAGUCAAGGAAGUCGCCCUGUCGAUAGACAGCGGCCUAGGUUGGCUCAGUGGCCCAGACAAGUCUUUGAAGGCACAUAUUUUCCUCCGCCCUUCUGAUGUGUUUGGCCAGUCAGGUGCGGUCGAGGAUCAUCGGAUGCUAGAUGCAAAGCUCUUUUGGGCCGCCAUUCAGGCCUGUCAUCGAGGUCUUGGGGUUAGUACCAAUCUGAAGGAACUAUCGCUUGGCCAAAAGUCUCUUUCGAAGUCACCAACCGAAUUGCCGGGGCUGCAUGAUACUUGCUACGCAAACAGCAAGCUGUGGUCUUCGAUAGCUGCAAGCAAUGUAUUACCGGCAGUCUCGUAUAACUCCGCCGAGGGUGCUGCACAUGGUAUUCUGUACACGACACCCACUCAGCCAGACUUCACUGUCCAGCCACUAUUCGACCGCUCAGCUCUGAUACCGUCGGAGCUCAGGAAAGAACAGAAGGAGUGGCUCAUGGAGACCGAGUGGGCUCAGCGGGCAUUCCUGGAGUGCUAUAUGCUAGCCAUCACGGACAACCCGGCUCGCUUCCACGGCGUCAAGACACUGAACAUUGCCAAACUCUCAAGCGGGUUCAUGCCUCUGCUCGCGCGAGAGAAUUUCUGGGACGCGCUUCCUGGCCUCGCAGAUGUGACCAUUCACGUGAAGCCAGACUGGCGCAUUGUCGAAAAGGAUAACGCAGGGUUCGCCGAAGUUCACGGCCGGAAUCCGUCAGAAGCUAUUCGGAUCUUCCAUCGAGUUCUACUCAGGGAUCGUGUCUGCUUGCGUCCGUCGAUCAAGAAGCUCAACAUUGGCUGGGUCAGUGGCGGGGAGCACGCUGACGGCAUAUUUGCAAGAAACGCCAACAUUCUGCCGGCACCGAUCACACAACUCGAGCACAGCAGUGCACACCGAGCUAACGCCAGUCAUAACUUUGGCCUUAUGUUCGACCACCUCGAGGAGCUGACGUUGUACAAUUGCUGGAUGACGCCUCCCACGCUCGCCGAACUUGUCAAGAACCAUUCCAGCAAAGCGCUGAAGAUCAUCACGCUCGAUUCAGUGUCAUUAACCGCCCACCCUCGCUUUUCAGUGGGUGGUCAACCGGGCGCGCCAUUACCACCACACAUUGCACAUAUGAUAGCCGCAGGCGGUGGGGUUGGACACAACCUGCAGCAGCUCUUGAAUGCACAACAGGGCAAUGCUCAGUUGCAGGCACAAGCGCAAGGCCAAGCUCAAAUCGCGAACCAAUUCGCGGCCAACUUGCCUGGAGCGCAAGCGAACCCUCAAAAUUUUCAGGCUCAUCUGCUGCAGCAGCAGCAGCAGUUACACCAGCUCGCCCAGCAGAAUGGUGUCGCCAUAAAUCCAAAUCCUCCCGCCGCGGCGCCGGUGCCUGCUGCCCCGUUCCAAGGCGGCGCAGCGCAGCAUCUAGCACAGAACAACGUGUUUGGGAAUCCAGCGCCAGCCCCAUCCCAUUGGAGCGAAGGCCACCGCGAAGGCUCCUGGCCGGAGGUGCUUGACAAACUCUCUCCAGGCCUGGUCUUUGACGAUUACCUUCCCCAGCCGGCACCUUGGGAGACGCAACGUCCUGAGCGACCAGAGACUGCGCUGCAGACUAUUGAGCUGAAGUCUUGCGGAUAUGCCAAGCUGAACAACAAUACAACGUUUGAUCAGUUUGCACUUGAGGCUAAUCAUGAUCACCACUUCUCGAACUGGUUCCGUGCUAGGCAGACUGCACUUCAGCCGGCGAUGAUGUCUGCUUCGUCAGAUCGCUACCUCGCACGCAUUGUGCAGUACAUGCCGCAGCGAGAGCUGGACGCUUUGCUCUAUGCUUGGGGUCUCACGCAUGGCUGGAACGACGGAGAUAAGGCAGAAGAAGCAGAGUACGAUGGCUUCUUACCGGGUGGCACCGGCAGAGUCAGUGGGAAGGUACGGAAGGGCAUGCCAUUGCUGGGGCAGCCCCCAGUGCUCGGUCGUGAGUAG